AUGUCAAGCCUGGAAACCGCGAAAAAAAUCGCUGCCCGCAAGGCAGUUGACAAUCACGUCUCCAACGGAAACAUAGUCGGCGUGGGAAGCGGCUCCACGAUCGUGUACGCCGUGGAAAGGCUGUCGGAACGCGUAAAACAAGAGAACCUCGACGUCGUUUGCGUGCCAACUUCGUUCCAAGCGAGACAGUUGAUCCUCAGCAACAAAUUGAAGUUAUCCGAUCUAGACACCCAUCCGGAGAUCGAUGUAACAAUCGACGGCGCCGACGAGGUGGAUUCUAACCUCAAUCUGAUAAAAGGUGGAGGUGGCUGUUUAUUGCAGGAAAAAAUUGUUGCGUCCUGCUCAAAAUCCAUGGUUGUGAUUGCGGAUUACACGAAGAAUUCGCAGUGUUUGGGCGAGCAAUACAAAAAAGGCAUUCCCAUUGAAGUGUCGCCUUUAGGUUACGUACCGAUUAAAAAUAAGAUCGAAAAGAAGUAUGGAGGUUCAGUUAGCUUGAGAAUGGCUGUGAAAAAAGCCGGGCCUGUCAUCACAGACAAUGGCAACUUUAUUUUGGACUGGGUUGAUUAUAAAUCCACUUUUGAUUGGCCGAAUGUUAACUUGGACAUAAUCCAAAUUCCUGGGGUUGUGGAAACAGGGUUAUUCAUAGGAAUUGCUUCAAAAGCUUACUUUGGAAUGUCCGAUGGUUCAGUGAAAGAACAAAUCACAUCCUAA